AUGUCGGAUGAAGAUGAUGUUGUUGCUGCUCAAGCAGAGGACGUACCUGAUGUGGAUUCCGCUACAAAGACUGCCGACGAACUGUUCGAAAAAUUGGUCGAGUUGGAGAAGAAAAGCAAAGAAGGGCGAAAAACGCUCAAAGAAAAGACUGAAAGUGUGGAAUCUAUCAAAACGAAAAUAUGUAAUAUGCUGAAGAGUUCAAGAUCGGAAGACACAAAAAAGAAGUACAUUGGAAUGUUCGAGAAGCACUUAGCGGAAGCUAGUGAAGAGUGUGCCGCUGCGCAACAUGUGAUGGAUGGAAUCAAUAAAAGAGUCGAACAAUUAAAGGAUCGAUUGCUAAAAGCUCACGAAUCGUUACGUGCCGCCGGGAACGGGGUGUCAGAACAGGUGAGUCUCGCGUCAAAAAAUGAACAUAGGACUUCUGGAGACACAGACCAACUGACAGAGAUGAGAAAUUAUUCCCGUCAAAAGUAG